CAACUUACUUUUUUACCCGCUUCCGGUCAAGUAACAUUUUGUUGUUGUACCGACACCGGUUGUUGUGAGUAUUGGCGUCGUUGUGUUGCUUGAGUCGGUGAGUGUUAUUACGUGAGCUGUGGUGUCCAGAACUGUGCUACCAUGUCGAUCGGCGUGCCCAUCAAGGUGCUGCACGAGGCCGAAGGCCACAUCGUGACCUGCGAGACGACGGCCGGAGAGGUGUUCCGCGGCAAGCUGGUCGAAGCGGAGGACAACAUGAACUGCCAGAUGACGGAGGUGACAGUCACCUACCGCGACGGCAAGGUGGCCAAGAUCGAGAACGUGUACAUCCGCGGCUCCAAGAUCCGCUUCCUCAUCCUGCCCGACAUGCUGAAGAACGCGCCCAUGUUCAAGCGGCAGGGCAACAAGGGCCAGGGGGGCGCUGGCCGGGGCAAGUCGGCCAUUUUGCGCGCGCAGGCGGCCCGGGGGCGAGGUCGCGGUGGCGGCGGCGGUCACAGCAGGAGCGGGGGCAGCUGGGGCGGGGGUGGCUCCGGGGGCGGCUCCGGCAGUCGCAGGGACUACUAGGCGUCCCUCUUCAAGUAUUAUCAUCUUUUACAACCAUGGAGGAGUGAUCGAUGAAACAGACAUGAACGGAAAAUGUAUUUUAUAUUCCUCGUGUUUGAACAGCAAUAGUGUUUUUAUCCCUCAUUGUAACUGUUGACUAUUGUAUAUUUAGGAUAUGCCGCAAAACUGGUUCAUUUGAUGCUGUGUGAUGCAUUGUCUUUUGGAUUAAUAAUUAGUGUAUCUGUACAGGGUGCAUUUGUUUGAUUUCAGACGGAUGCAGUAUGGUAUUCCGGUUCUGAUUGUGUGUUGUAAAUGUAUUUCUUUAAUAAUUACUUACUGUCAGGGGCGUAGCCAGGGGGGGGUUUUAGGGGUUCAAACCCCCCCCUUAGCACCAAACCUUUAAUUAAUUUCUUAUUCAUCACUCAAACAAAUUUCAUAUUCAAAUUAAUAAAAUUUUUACCAUUACAAUAUUUAAAUUUAAGUACCGAAAACUGCUAAAAUAGCACUAUUUUACACCUUAAAAUCCAAAUUUCCCCGGGGGAGGACCCCCGGACCCCCCGCUUCAAUACGAUGGAGAUGGGGGGGGGGGGGGGCGCAUGCUUCUUAACACCCCCCAUACACAAAUCCUGGCUACGCCACUGCUUGCAGUUUGAAUCUAAAACUCUCGUUUCUAUUUAAGUAUCUUGCCCUCAAAUUCUUAAAAGUUUUCACUGUGGAUCUAGGGAGUAUAUGGGAAAUAAGUAUGUGAGAUAAGUAAACAAAAUACAUUUUAUAUAUGUGUGGGAUUAAUUCUAUAUUAUUUGCCGAAACUAAAUAUUAUGAGUGAUUUUUUAUCUGUGAACUAUCAUAUAUUGUUUUAGUUUGUGUAUGCCUUUUUCCAUAGAUAUCUCCAUAUUGCUCAUUAUGAAGGAAAACUACGGUAAAUAUGUAUUGUACGGAUUAGCGCCAAAAAAAAUCGUACAAAUAUGAAAUAACUUUCAUUAUAUGCUAUCUUACGUCCUCUUUUCAGAACCGCCUGCGGAGAUAAAAAAUUCCAAUUACUUUAGGAGAUAUCGAAUUUUUUAAUCUUCAUUUUUUGGCGAUUUUUUUAAAAAAAAAUUUUAAAAAUCCGAAAAUACCUUUAUUCUGUGCUCUUAAACUUCCUCUUUUCAUUGAACCCGGCUGAGAUAAGAAAUUCCAAAUACUUUUGGAGAUAUCGAAUUUUUUAAUUUUCAUCCUGUGCACUCAUGCGGCGAUAACGGUUGCUUGUUUACAAGUAUGAUUUUUUUUUUUUGCGAUGUUCCCGAACGGAGAAACCUAAGAUGCACAUAAAGUUCUGCCAUUCCCGAUUACACCCGAACAAUUCACCUUCGGCCAACCUCGGGUUUAUUUAUUAAUAUUUAUAUUUCUCUGUUUAUUUUAAUGUAGCUAUACUAACCUAACUAACCAUCCAAAGGGUUUUAAAGUGUUUUAAUGUAGCUAACCUAUCCGACCACUUUUAAUAUUUCAAUUCAUUUUUCCUGCGCAAAAAUAAAUAAAUCCCGAGGUUGGCCGAAGGUGAAUAUUCGGGUGUAAUCGGGAAUGGCAGAACUUAAUGUGGAUCUUAGGACUCUCACGUGAACAAAUACAUCAUGUAAAAAGAAACUUACGUGAGUUUAUUCCGUUCAUCCUUUGUCCCGGUUUGUUAGGUCAGGUCAGCUACAUUAUAAAUACUUAAAACUAUACAACAUGUAAAAUAAAUUGAUAUUAUUUUUAAUUUCCGUUUAUUUUGAAGUAUUUAUAAUGUAACUAACCUUACCUAAUGGAAAAUUUCUGUUAUUUAGACAUUCAGGCGCACAUGGCAACGGUCAAAUUAUUACACACGUCUGGUAUAGCCGCAUGAGUGCACAGGAUGAAAAUUAAAAAAUUCGAUAUCUCCAAAAAUAUUUGGAAUUUCUUAUCUCAUCCGGGUUUAAUGAAAAGAGGAAGUUUAAGAGCACAGAAUAAAGGUAUUUUCAAAUUUUUAAAAUUUUUUUCUAAAAAUUUUUUUCUAAAAAAAUUGCCAAAAAAUGAAUGUUAAAAAAUUGGAUAUCUCCUAAAGUAAUUGGAAUUUUUUAUCUCCGCAGGUGGUUCUGAAAAGAGGACGUAAGAUAGCAUAUAAUGAAAGUUAUUUCAUAUUUGUACGAUUUUUUUUGGCGCUAAUCCGUACAAUACAUAUUUACCAAAACUACUUUUUUUCUAAAAAUGUUAAAAAUGAUAUAAUUGAUUUCCUGAAAUGUUUUACAAUCAUUAUCUAAGAUGAUGUUGUAAUGGAUAUAGUUUACCAAUAAUUUACCAUUCAAUAGAGUGGUAAUGUUAGGUUAGAUACAUUAAAAAUAGUGUGAAAACAUGGGAAUGGUUGGUUAGGUUAUCCACAUUAAGAAUACAUUUAAACAGGGUGUAUGGUUGAUUGAUUGAUACACUUGUGAUUGGGUUUCCGUUCGGUGGCAAGGAGUCUCACCACCCCCCCUCCCUACUUAUUUCUGAAGCCUCUUUCUCAAGUCUUUUCCUCUUCUCAAUCCCACCCUCCUUCCUCUGUACACCCCUUUGUUCAACCUGACUCCCAAUGUCCCCCAGCCGCCAUCGCCUCUUCACCAAUCUCUCUACUUUCCUCCUGUGUAGUGUGUCCCACCCCAGCUCCUCCAUCAUCACAGAUAUGCCCUUCCCUCCUGCCCCACAUACCCAUCGUCUAUCUAGCCGCUCUACGUUGCACCCUUUCCAGUUCCUUAAUUUCCAUCCCUAGGUUUGGUUCCAAAUUGCCACUGCAUGUUCAAGCAUUGGCCUCACCAACAUUGAAUACGCCUUCUCCUUUACUUUCCGUGCUGUCCCCUUCAGUGUCCUAGCAAUUACCCCCUGCCCUCUCCUCCCCUUCUUUACCACCUGCGGCACCUGCUUUCCCCAACCUAGGUCACUCUAGGGUUACUCCCAGGUGCUUGUUUCCCCUACUUCCUGAAUGUCUUGCCCCUCCAACUAUGUAUUUGCUUAACGACCUUUCUUCUUGUUUUGUUGAUAUUUAUCUCCAUUCCAUUUGCCUUUGACCAAACUUCCGGCUUCUUCAAGUCUUCUCCUGCUGGUGUGCCGCUUACCCCACAGUUUCACAGAUCACGCAGUCAUCAGCGAGCAGUCUCAGCUUGCUGUCAAAUUCCUCCCCAACAUUGUUCGUCAUGAUCAGGAACAGCAGUACUGCGGUACUCAUGAUGUGACCGUCCCAUGCCCACCUUCACCCGCUGUUUCGUAUCCCUCAGGGAAUCCCCUGUCCAAUUUCAUCAGACAUCAACCUUAUCCAUUACCUUUUUGUGUGGCACACUAUUGGACACCUUCUCAAUAUCACUAAAGAUUGCGUCUACCUGUUUGCCCUCAUAUCCAGUGCCUCCACCCAAGUCCUUCAGCAGUCCAGCCAUCUGCAUCUACAGGAGAAACCCUUCCGAAAGCCAUGGUUGGAUUGGCUCCAUUUUAAAUACUUUUAUUGUGUGAACAAUUGGUUAGGUUAAGUUAACUACAUUUUAAAUGUGUAAUUCCUAACCAAUCAUUAGAACAAGUUUAGAAUGUUUUUGAUGUAGCUAACUUAACUUCCCAACUGUCUGCGUACUAUUUUUAAGUAUUUUAAAAUGUUGAUAACCUAACCAACAGUCCACACUUAUAAAGUUCAGUUUAAAACACAUCUGUUUGAACUAACUGGGACUAAAGGCAAUUUGGACAAUCAAAAAUCGAUAAUCCGGGUAAUAUGGGUACUAAGCAAAACACAUUUCUUAAAUAAGCUGACUUACUGUUUAUUACAAUAAAUAAAUGUUUAUGUAACAAAAAUAUUUAGUAUGCAUGCCCUAUAUUGUUUACAAGACAUUAAAAAAUAUAUAAACAAA